CCGAGCCAGGCGUGGCUCCAGGCCUUUCCACCGGGACUCUGCGCGUGCGCCCGCCCGGCAGCUGGCGGCCGCGGUGUCCGCUGCAGCCUGCCGCCAGGUUGUCGCGCCGAUGCAUGGGCAGCAACGCGGGCCACGAUGACAGACUACGGCGAGGAACAACGCAAUGAAUUGGAGGCUCUGGAGUCCAUCUACCCCGACUCCUUCACAGUGUUAUCAGAAAACCCACCCAGCUUCACCAUUACCGUGACAUCGGAGGCUGGAGAAAAUGAUGAAACUGUCCAGACUACUCUCAAGUUUACAUACAGUGAAAAAUACCCCGAUGAGGCUCCCCUUUAUGAAAUAUUCUCCCAGGAAAAUCUAGAAGAUAAUGAUGUCGCAGACAUUUUAAAAUUGCUGGCUUUGCAGGCGGAGGAGAAUCUCGGCAUGGUGAUGAUCUUCACCCUCGUGACAGCUGUUCAGGAAAAGUUAAAUGAAAUAGUUGAUCAGAUAAAAACGAGAAGAGAGGAAGAAAAGAAACAGAAAGAAAAGGAAGCAGAAGAAGCAGAGAAGAAACUGUUCCACGGCACUCCUGUUACAAUUGAGAAUUUCUUGAGUUGGAAGGCCAAGUUUGAUGCAGAACUCCUGGAAAUUAAAAAGAAACGAAUGAAAGAAGAGGAACAAGCAGGGAAAAAUAAACUAAGUGGGAAACAAUUAUUUGAAACAGAUCAUAAUCUUGACACAUCUGAUAUCCAGUUUUUGGAGGAUGCUGGGAACAACGUGGAGGUGGAUGAGUCACUGUUCCAAGAAAUGGAUGAUUUGGAGCUGGAGGAUGGUGAGGAUGAUCCUGACUACAAUCCUGUUGCCCCAGGGAGUGACUCCUCAGACUGAUGGACUGUCCCUGUCUCCAGCGAGGCGUGACCGCCACAGCAUCUGUGGCUAUGCUGAGGGGGUUUGGAUCUUCCUUUCGUUUUUUUCUAAGAAAAAACAUAUUUUUCAGGAGCAUAUUCUUCUGAUAGCUUUCAUCAUUAAACUUAAUAAACUGCCCAUAAAAUUUCAAAUAUAAAA